AUGGGUUCUGUCCCGCACUCUUCUGCCGGCUUGGACGCUCGAGCACAGCCACUCUCUGUGCUAGCCGGCCUUGUCGGCGGCCACGACUUUUGGCACACGUUUGAGCAACCUGAGCUGGGCCUGGGCUCUAUUCGCUUCUCAGACGGUCCCAAUGGCGUCCGGGGCGAGGACUGGGUCAAUGGCGCACCCUCAGCUGCCAUCCCAUGUGCGACUGCCCUCGGCGCCUCCUUUGACCGGGAUCUCGUCCGCCGUGUUGCAGAACUGCUUGCCAACGAAUGUCGGCACAAAGGCGUCCAUGCGCUCCUGGCGCCCACAAUGAACAUUCACCGCUAUGUCCUGUGUGGCCGCAAUUUCGAGUCGUUUAGUGAAGACCCCUAUCUAACGGGUGCCCUCGCAACCGAGUACGUCAAGGGCUUGCAACGACACGGGAUCGCAGCGACCCCCAAGCAUUUCCUUGCCAACGAAGCAGAGAACGGCCGAAGAUGGACCAACAGUGCCAUUGAACAGUCGGCGUUGCGCGAGAUCUACCUCGAACCUUUCCGCAUGGUAGUCCAAGAUGCAGAGCCAUGGGCAGUCAUGACGGCAUACAACUCCGUGAACGGGUCGUUUUGCUCCGACUCAGCUACCUUGCUGUCCGUCUUGCGAAAUGACUGGUGCUACAAAGGAGCCGUGGUCUCGGAUUGGUUUGGUACAUAUACCACUGCCCCGGCGCUGACCGCAGGCCUUGACCUCGAGAUGCCUGGACCCAGCAAAUUUCGCACCACUGAGAAGCUCCACGAGGCCAUUACACAUGGAGAAGUGACGCGAGAACAGAUCGAGCAGUCCGCGAACCGCAUCAUCGGACUCCUCACCAAGACAGGACGCAUAGGCGCGCCUGGAGUUCCGCCUCCGCGGCCUCGGACCAGAGAGACUCCGCCGCUCAACAAUGCCGACGAGAGACUGCUGGUUGAAGCCGCUGAAGCUUCGAUGGUACUUCUCAAGAAUGAGGGUUCCACCCUUCCCAUUUCCACAGUCUCAGGGCUGCGGCUCAGCGUGUUUGGUGAGCUGGCCAGCCAGCCUUCCUUUUUUGGUGGCGGGUCUGCGAGCUUGAAAGUGCCGGCCACGACGCCGACGCCAUGGGAGUCGUUGAGCAAGCGUUUCCCCGGGGCUGUAUUGAGUCCAGGCGUCGCCACGAGCCGCCUUGUGAAGACUCCGAACUCCUCGGGGGACCUCCCCAUCGACGGCCUCGUGCGGCUCGACUGGUACAAUGGAAGUGUCCCGACAGCGGAGCAGCAUUUUCUCUGCCAAGAGGUCAAGGACACCGUCUACAUGCUUGUCGAGGACGUUCCCGACGGGCUCAUCGACAUCUCGGACUUCUGCACCACCAUGACGUUUAGCAUCCGUCCUUCAGAGUCUGGGCAAUAUGACAUUAGUGUCUGUGGACCAGGGAAUAGCACUUGCCAUGUCAAUGGCGAGCUGGUGUUCGAGGUUUCGAGGAACCUAGAAGUCUCCACUGAGGACUUCUUGUUCGACCGGUCCAAACUCGAGGCACGCAGACCGCAACCCUUGACCCUUCGGAAUGACACGACUUACGAGUUCCGCGUAACAAGCUGGAGCUCCAAGCACAGGGCCGAGCACGUCAAUCGAGAGUUCUUCAUCCAGGGGUGUAGACUCGGGCUCGAGCUCGUGCGUGACGAUGAGGCGGCCCUCGCGCAGAGCCGCCAGGUGGCUGCGUCGACCGACGUGGCCGUCGUAGUCGUCGGCACAGGUCCCGAAUGGGAAUCGGAGGGCUUCGACCGAGUCAGCAUGGCUCUGCCGCGCAGGCAGGCCGAGCUCGUGACCACCGUGGCUGGCGCGUGCCCCGGGCGCACCGUGGUGGUGGUCAAUGCCGGCUCACCCGUAUCCAUUGGAGACUGGGUCGAGCAUGUAGACGCCGUCUUGUAUGCCUGGUUCCCCGGCGCUGGAUUCGCGCAGGCCUUGACCAAUAUGCUCAGCGGCGACGCCUGCCCUUCUGCCCGGCUGCCCACUACAUUUUGGGACAGUGUGGAGGACUAUCCGGCUGGCCAUGUCGAGUCGCUGAUGCAGAAGGGCUGCAACGACAUCGUGUACCGUGAGGGUGUUCAUGUCGGCUACCGAGCUUACGGCCAAGUUCAUCCGGGCUGCCCUUCCUCAUCGGUGGCGACGCCGAGGUUCGCUUUUGGCUACGGCCUGUCGUACAGCUUCUUUCGCUACUCUAUCCCGGCUCUGCCGUCUUGUCAGAUCAGUGGCGUGCAGCUGCUCACGGAUGAGCCAAUGGUCACCGUACAACUCGAUGUAGAGAACACUGGCACCCGGCCCGGCCGAGAGACGGUGCUUUUCUUUGUGACGCGCGUGGAGAACGCCCUCGAACAACGGCCCGAGGUGCAGCUCAAGGCUUUUGCCAAGACAGCGUAUCUUGAGGUUGGACAGUGCGAGCGUGUCACCUUGGAAUUGUCGCGGCGGUCGUUUUCUUAUUGGGACGUGGAGGCUGGUGCGUGGAGAGUCGAUGCUGGGACGUACAAUCUUGCUUUUGCUGGACCACAUGGUGUCGGAGACUGGCGUCCCACCGGGCGAGAGAAGAUUUCCGUAACGGUUGCGAAAGGGUUCACAUUUUUAGACGCUUAG